UCACUGUCAACUCACAGCAGCAGAGAGAAACUUUAGCUGGCUAAAAAUAAUCUGAGAAAAACACUGCAUUACAUUAGCGCAGUUAAUUUUGUGCAAAAUGGCUAUUUUCCGGCUGUCUCGAUUGGUGGCUCAAUCUAAGAACUUGACGAGACAUGAACAUGCCAUUCAGAGAAGAACUGCUACGACUACGCCGACUGGAGCUAUACUACCUGAGCCAGAGAAGACUCCGUUGGGUCUUCUGGGUAUAGUAAUGGCCGUAGUGCCAGGCCUGCUUAUAGGAGCAGCUAUUAGUAAAAACAUAGCCAAUUUCCUGGAGGAAAACGAACUGUUUGUACCUUCGGAUGACGACGACGACGAUGACUAAAUCGCAUUUGAGAUGAAUGUUAACUUCAUGCGGGUUUAAUAGAAAAUUAAUUAUAAUUAAUAUUUAAUAAACAUAAGAAGAACCAUAA